AUUGGCGCGUCUUGUCUGCUGGCCGAUGUAAACAACGCAAAAGUUUGGUUAGAAAGAGUACAGAGGUUUAUUUUGAAAAUGUCUGCCCCUAAAGAAAAGCCGAAAAGGAAAGGAAAGGACGACGAAAAAGAGAAGCCUGUAGUAGUUAAAAAUACAGCUGAUCUUCAAAGAUUGAAGAUCGAAAAGUUAAUGAAGAAUCCAGAUAAACCAGUUGUUAUUCCGGACCGACCCAAAGGGAAGAAUACACCUCAUGUACCUGAAUUCGUUCGCAAUGUCAUGGGUUCCAGUGCAGGUGCAGGUAGUGGAGAGUUCCAUGUUUAUAGGCAUUUACGUAGAAAAGAAUAUGCCCGUCAAAAGUUCAUUCAAGAAAAGGCCGAGAAAGAAACCGCAGAAGAAGAGUAUCACAGAAAAAUUGAAGAGAAUAAACUGAAAGCUGAAGAAAUAACUGCAAAAAAACGAGCAAAACGUAUGAAAAAGAAAAAAAAUAAGAAGGCAAAAAAGCCGAAAACUGAGCAGAAAUCUGAUAGUGAAUCUGAAGAUGAUUCAGAGAAUGAAGAAGAAGAGGAGACAACCAAGCCCUCUAAUCCACCAACAUCUACACCUGAAAACGAAACUACUAGUGGCUCUAGUGAAACUGUUCAAAAAUUAGAAUCUGGUGUUAGCAACCAAAGCGAGUGAAUUAGUGAAUUUGAAAGAUUGUAAAUACAAAGUGAACAAGAAUUUAUGGUUUAAUUUACGUUACAUAUUGUGCAACAAAACUAAUUUAUUUUUCAGUUUCUGUACAAGCUAAUAACAUUUAGCUUAUCCAGGAUAAAAAGUUCCCAUUGGUUGCCAAACAGUUUUUUUGUAAGUUUUUUUCGGGGGGGUCUUGCACUAUCAACAAUUGAAAAAAGAAAGAAAAUAAAAAAAGUUGUUUUCUUAAAGAAGCCAUCACGAAGAUUAUUAAUACAAUUGUUUUUUCAUUGAGCUUCGGACAAUCGGGGCGCCCCCAUUAAUUAGCCUGAAUGUGACUAAAAAUGUUUAUUGAUCCAAGCUGCGGGUUAGAUCCCUUUUGCAUCAUCAUUACAUUGUAAGUUAUUUUUUUUUUUUCAAAUUGAUAAUAAAAUAAAUAUAUAAAUCCCU